GGAGUAGCGCAUCCACACACGUAGCUGUCACACGACGGUCUCCUUUGGUAGGUUAUCCGUGGCACAAUCCACUCGCCAUAGCCGAGGAGCCAAGCUGGAGCACCAAGGAGACUCUUCGCCGGUCAGUGUGGACGACGGUGAAUCACAGUAAAGGAGCCCAACGAGGUCAGUUUCAGGUGGUUGGUUCAUUUCAGCCAAUCGUGGCUACUCCAGGUGAUGAUGUCAUCCUGCCGUGUCAUGUGGAGCCUCAGGUCAACGUUGCGGGGCUGACGGUGGAGUGGUCGAAGCCCGACCUCAAGCCAGACCCCAAUGAUCGGCUGAGCCGGGUUGAAUAUGUGCACGUUUACCGGGACAGCCGUGAGGUCCUGGACAUGAAGCUGUCAUCGUACAUCAGCAGGACGGCGCUGUUCACAGAUGGCCUGAGACAAGGCAACAUAUCGCUCAAGAUCAUUAACGUGACGCUUGCAGACGAAGGGAGAUACAAAUGUUACAUCCCGAAGUUAAAAAGCCGAAGGCAGUCGUCAAUAGUCCGUCUGGUCAUUGAUCCAAACUCUUCUAAAACCUGGACGACAGAGACGCCACUGCAGCCCAGAAAUCUCCAAACUUCUGAUCCGAAGAAAGAGGCGGAUGUUGAAGGUGGUUUGACCCGUUGGAACAGACUGGUUCCAGUUGCAGUGGUUUUCUGCUUCUUGCUAAUGGUGGUAGUUGUCAUAGUCACAGGAUAUUUGACAAAGAAGGGCACGUCGGGAAACAGUAACAGAAAACAGCACUGCCCACUUUUCUCCACUGGAUCAUUGUAAUUAAUUUGAGAAUUCAAACCAGCAACCCCUCCGGUCACAGGAGGACACACUGGAUCUGCAGCAUGGAGUCUUUUAUGUGUGAAGAGAAAUAGGAUAACACCAGAAAAUCCUGUUUGAACAUGAACUUCAAUCCCUGUGCCGAUGAUGAUGUAUUUGACCACGGGACAUCUGGAGAGUUUAAUCAUGUACAUGGCAACCGGAAGAAUGCUUUUUUUUUCAAUCUUUUUCUUAGGGUUAAUGUCGAAUUGAAAAAGAAGCGUGUCUUAAAGUUGAGGCUCAGACAUUUUCUUUUCUUCCUAAACAUUUGGUUUAGAUAUUUUAGUUUGAAUGUUAACUGGAUAUCUUUGUUGACUGAACACAUGAAUACAGACGCCUCAAACCAGCUGCGGAUACUAGACUGAACACAGAUUGUGGUCUGUACAACAGUUUUUUCUGUUUUGAUGUCACAUUUGAGAGUGCCCCUGCAGUUUUAUGGCAAAUUCCAAUGAGAGGUAAAUUGUCAAAGUGCCUUUGAGCAGGGAACCUAUCUCUUAGACUUUAUAUUUGUUCUAUUGUUGUUAUAUGUUGUUUUAUUUAUUUAAAAAUAGCCCAACCUAGUAAAAUAAACUAGUAUUUCAUUUGGUUAAGCAUUAUUCUUGUUAUCUUAAAGAUUUAACUGCAUCUUGUUGAUUUUGCACUUAUUCAGAUGUUAAAUACUACCUGUUGUGUUACGCUGCUCGAACAGGUGCCAAGUGUGUUGUUUUUUUGUUGUUGUAUCCAUUGUUAUUUAUUGAUUUGUCCACAUCCCUGUGUAUUCACGUAGAGUACUUUAUAUUUUUCUGCAUUUUAUUGAAGACUUUCUCAAAUUGUACUUGACAUUUGCUGUAAAUCAGAUCAGUUUGUUGAGUGAUCACCAAAUUUACGAUUGAUUGUGUUUACAUCACAUGUGCAAAAGGUUUACUCCUACUGCUGUCAGCCACUUGAGAUGAUCACGAGCUGAAUAUUGCUAAACUGACCUCUGAAAGUAAUCUUUAGCUCCCUCCCUUCUAUCACAGUAGCAGUAUACAUUUGUAUAUACACUACCUCACAGGGAUGCACUGGGACUGAAAUUCAGCCCGGGACUUUGAGACGGAGAGGCCUUUUAAGUGAGCGCCAUGUGGGGGCGCGAAUAAAUAGUGAAAUAGCGAAUAAAUAUAAUAAUAAAUAG